UGUUUCGGUUGGUGCGACGUGAAGGUGUGUGAUCGUUAUAUCGUUCAUGUCCGGCCCAAGCACCGCGAACAUGAACAAAAAAAUUAAAUCUCUGAUUAGCAUAGCAUCACCACUGCGGGGUAGAUCCCCGGCACCCUCUUUUGUGAGCGAGAGCCGAGCUCCGGCCAAACUAUCGCCCGGGGUCUCCUUCGGUCUGAGCGUCUCUGACAAGGCCUUGGACCGCAGCAAGCUGCCUUCGGGCUCCAGUCAAACAGAGGGGCUUGGCCGUUUUAGUGGGAACGUCAGACACCAAGCUGCGCGCCCAUCCAUUGCAGAAUCGAAUAGGAUACUGGGCAAGAUGGAGUUGCAGAUGGCGAGCGGGCCGAAAUGGAUGUGGGUCAGGCGUUUCGGCCUUGCUCUGUUUUUCGGCAGUGUGAUGUGCGUAGUGGCGGCGGCCCUGGUCAGCAUCGUUCAGACCCCCGAGUGUAAGCCGACUCCUAAACUGGGAUGGUGGCAGAAGGGACCAUUGUAUCGCAUUGCUCUUCAAUCGUUCCGCGAUACGACUGCGGAUGGACUGGGAGACCUACGUGGAAUUCAGCGGCAGUUACAGUACAUCGCUCAGCUGCACGUAGUUGCUAUUAUCAUUGUACCUUAUGAUAAUCUAAAUCAAACUGCUCACACACUAAAUGUUUCAAGAUUACGUGAAGACGUCUUUGGUGAUACCGAAGACCUGAAACCUUUGUUGAAAGCAGCUGCAAAAUAUGGUAUGAAGGUUAUCCUUGAUCUUACUCUAUUUUCUGCUCUACUUGAAAGUAAUAUUUCGGCCAGCAUUGAUCGUGAUAAUGAGGGCAUUCUGCAGCAAUUAAUGACAGAAUUUCGUUUCUGGUUCAGAGAGGGUGUGGAUGGAAUCUUCAUCAAAAUGAGUACAGUCAGUUUGAAGAAAACAUUUAUUAUAGAACUUCUGAAAACAUGGAAAAAAAUAGCUAGAAGAUACAGUUCAAGUUCAAAAGAAAGAAUAUUUAUUAUUGCUACUAGUAAGGAAGAACAUGACUACUUAAUUUCAGUCCUCAUUAAUGUUCCUGGGGUAAUGAUUUUUGUUUAUUAUCUGAAUGAUCUGUUAACAAAUUCUAAAAUAACUGAAAAGGCCUCAACAUUGGACGAUUAUAAUCACAAGCUUGAGUUUGAGUGGUGCGGCUUCAUUUUUGGUGAAGGGCAUAUUGCAUCGAUGAUCCUUCAAAGACAACAAGGAACUCAUAUCAAAUUGUUUGCAAUACUUUUAUUAACAAUGCCUGGGACUCCACUAUUUCAUUACGGUGAUGAGAUUGCUCUCAAGGACUACAAGGAAUCAAAAUAUCCUCUAAUGCGAUGGGACAAAUCUAAGUAUGCUGGAUUUACGAACAGUCUUCCUUGGAUUUCACCAGAUUUGAAUGUAUACACACCAACUGUUAGUCAACAGUCUGAAGAUCCACUAUCAGUUUUGUCAUUUUACAGAGCACUUGGAAAAAUAAGAAUUGAAGAACCACCCUUGCAGUAUGGUGACUUCUACAUUAUGAUAAAUACAACAAAUGUCCUUGCAUAUAUAAGACAAUGGGAUCAGACAGGAAUUUUAGUUAUCAUGAAUUUUGGUGGCCCAGUUACUUAUGAUUUUACUGCAGUAUAUUUACCUUCAACUGCUCUUCUACUUGCAAAGUCAUCAGAUGUAAGCCAGUGUGGGUUAAUAAAUUUGCAAAAUAUGGCAAUAGAAGCAAACAUGGGAUACAUACUAAAGUACUUCAUUGCAGAAUAGUUAUUGAUCUAUGGUAGAAUUUCUAAAUGAAUAGAAUAUUAACUGAAUAGAAAUAUAUGAACAGUAUGAUUUUGAAAAGUAAGCAUGCUAAUUGCUUUUCAUACCCUAAUUGAAAAUGACUGAAGUAUCAGGCAGAUUUAUUUUUUGAUCAGAGAUUUGAAUAAAAGCAGUUAAGUAGUUGACUUUAUUUCUGUAAAAAAUGUUCUGUUUAAGGUGCUAGCAUUUUUUAAAAAGGAUCAAUCUCAGAAACUGAAUACAACUUGAGAUGAAGUACAUUUUCUCCUCUGGCAAUGAGAAGUGUGCAAAAUGAAUAGAUCUCUGUUCUUGCCUACAAACUAACUGUGCCACUUUCAUGGUUUUUAAAAACAAUUCUAAAUUCUCUCUUCAGUCAUGCAGAUCAAAUUUAUACUGCCUGUAUCCAUUUCAAACAGGUUGAAAGAGGCCUACUUUAAUCACAGCAAUUGUCAUUUUGCUAUCACAAAGAUAGAUAAGGAAAACUAUUCAACCAAGGUUAUUCUACCAAGGAGUGCUACAAUUAUUCAAUCAUUUCCUACAUUACAACAUUAAAAUUCACCAUGAAUGGCUCUAUUCAGUGUAUUAAUCACUUUUUAUAUAGAUAUGCAUCAUUAUUCCUGAGCAUCUCUUUUACUAAUGUUUAUCUGUGAUUCCCUGUCAUGAAUACUAAAUAUUCCUUUAAUAUCACUUAGUUUCCUAUUGCCCUAUGGCCAAAAAUGAAUCCUCACCUCAACACAAAUUGUCAGGUUAAUUUCUGGAACCCCCCACAUUAUGGCCGUUCAGUUAACAGAAUUCACAAAUAACUGCCCAAAAAUUUGAGAUACGGAAUAAAAUUCACUCUCAUGGAAUAUACAUGAUAAAAAUGUAAAUAAAUACAUUCUGUUAAACUUGCAUUUUUUGAUGCAUGAACACAAGACACAGCUUUGUGUUAUGGAAAAUUGUGAUACGGACCACUUUCUAGGAACGCAACCCCUCUCUCGUAACAUGGGAGUUGCAUGUAUUUGGAAAUGGGUUGUUACUUUGUUACAGUAAUGUCAAUGUAAGUCAUUGGUUGUGAAGUACUACGGUGGUCUAAAGUUUGCCUGGAUAAUGAUAGAAAAUGCUACUCUUUGGUGCUAAAUUCUUGUGUAUCCUCAUGUUGCUUGUAUGGUGCAACAGACAAAGUGCUGGAGGAACUCAGUGAGUCGGCGGCUCAUCUGGAUUGGAAUGUCUAAUACUAGAGGGCAUGCAUUUAAGGUGAGAGUGAAAAUUCAGAGGAGAUGUGCAGGGACAGUUUUUUUGCACAAGGAGUGGUAAUAUCCCAGUCCAGUUGAAGGGUCUCGACCCAAAAUGUUGACUAUCCAUUUCCCUCUGUAGAUGCUGCCUGACCCAGAGAGUUCCUCCAGUGCUUUGUGUGUUGCUCCGUAUUUUCAGCAUCUGCUGUCUCUUGUGUCUCCAUUGUUUGUAUGGUGUCCAGCUUGCCACAGUGGUUUUAGUCACAAUGAGUGCUGUUCACCCCCAAGAAGAACUAGCUUCUAAUAAUGCUGACAGCUCAAACUGAAUGUUAUUGAAAGGAUCGGCUAUAUGGCUCCUGCAGUCAGAUUGCUGACUAACUCUUUUCAAAAGAAAUCUCAAGUAAACUUAUCCCAUGUGGUUUCAGCAGCUUCACCCUCAAAACUAAUAGGCCAGAAAUGCCGGAACAAAUCCUACAAAACAAGAGGUAAUUCAUGCUCAUCAGGUCCGAAGUGAGUAAAAAAAACAGAAGAAAGACAGCUCCUUCUUGCAAAAGCUUGGAAUUUUUUGAGGUGACUGUUCUGAGUUUUAGAAGUGACAAAACUGCAU